CGACACAGAGUUACAUCCUACUAUGUUGUCCAACCGAAAAACCAGCAAAGUCUCGAGCAUUUAGCAUUUAAAAUUAUAGCCAUCUGGGGAAAAACCAGACAUGUCCAAAUUGUACAGGGGAAGAAGUAGACAUGUCCCCGCUGAGUCAUGUGGUGUCGAUUCACAUUACUAGGUCAGCCAAUCAGCGUUUAGCUUUGGUAUAACAAUAAAGUGCGUGCAAAAUGGCGGAUUGCUUUGACAGACCAGUUGUGACUGUAACGCCUCGAAAGCGAAAAAUUAAUGGAAGGAAAAAAGAUGCGGCAAAGAUUAAACGCAUAAAAAAUCAAACAACAGGUGAGGAUUGCAAAUGCAGCCGUCUAAAAUGUUUUGAACAGAUAAGUGAAGCUGCAAGACAAUCACUUAUUGAGGGCUUCAACACAUACUCAAGCAAAUACAGCCAAGAUGCUUAUCUGUCUACAAUGGUAGUAGUUCUCCCUGUAAAACAAUGUAGGUGUAGGGAAGGUGCAGACGAAAAUUCUUAUAAACCUAAAGAGAUGAGUGUUAAGUAUGUUGUAAAGGUAUCAACAGGAACAUCAGUGGAACCAGUGGCAGUGUGUGUGAAAGCCUUUUGCUCGCUCUUCGGCAUCACAAAAAACUGUGUAGAAACAGUCCGCAAAGCAAUGUCAUUAACAGGUCAUGCACCACAAGAUGGAAGAGGAAAGCAUAACAACAGGCAACACAAAUUGACAGAUAAAACAGUAACACUGGUGUGUGGCCACAUAUCAUCUUUAUGGGGCAGACACAGUCACUAUGCAAUGGGGGAGACAAGAAAGUUGUAUCUUCCAGAUACCUUGAAUGUCGCCAAAAUGCAUCAGAUGUUUGUGUCAGUUCACCCUGAAACCAAGGUUUGUGUAUGUUUUUAUGUCAGUGACAGUGAAAUAGAGGAUAUUUUGAAGCUACUAUAUGUGCAUGCACGAAUACUAAUUUUUAAUUGCAGCUAAAUUUACAUAUCAAACCCAUCACAGCAUCUGUUGGGUUUGGCUUCUUUUAUUUUAAUUUAAUUUAUUUAUAUUAUCAGGGCAUAUUAUUACAAAAUUUUGCUACGAGCUCGAAAAUGUAAGCUUUUCUAAAAACUCUCAUACCUUGUGUAUAUAUAAAGCACACUACACCAAAUAACUUGAAUUAAUUUAAUUCCUUUAUUUUUAACAUUAUUUAAAGAUUACUUACAAAUAAAUUAGAUAUAAUAAAUUUUGAUUAGAUAUUUUAAAGACUAUUAAUGACACAAUGAAUGUAAUAAUUUAUAAAAAUAAAUCAAAGUUGACAAUCUAGAAUCUUCUAACACUGAUCAGAUAACUCAAAUUCUUCUUCUAUUGCCUCGUUUUAGAAAUUCAACACCUUUUUUUUCAAAGCUAUAUAUGAUAAUGUGAUAUUAUUUUUUUUUUCUUUAUUUACUUUUUCUUUUUUUUUUCGCAGAUUAGCUAUGAAUCCUACAGGACACUGUUUAACACGAAAUUCAACAUUGGAUUUGGUUACCCACGGAAGGAUACUUGUUCCACAUGUGACGACGUGAAGUUGCAGCAUGUGGAUGGUGACAUCGCCGAUGCCGAAAGCAAUGGUAGAGAUGUUGCUGGUCUGAACAGCAAAAAAACUGAACUACUCACGAACCACGAGCUGCACAAACGCAAGGCCAGCACAUUCUACGCAAGGAAAGCUGCAGCUAAGGAAAGGGCAAGAA